UCCACAAAACUUGUUUUGUUUUGCUUUUACAUGUGCAAAGAGCAUGUCUUAGAGAUCAUUAACUUACUGAGCUCACUGCGAAGUACGAUGGUCUAAUGCCACGACUCUCUUAUUGCUUAGGGCAGGUCUUGUGCUUCUGUUGCAUGGUUUUCUUGUUAAGCAAAUCUGCUCUCUUGAGUAAUCACUAACUUACAGGGGUCUCCCUGUAAGAUAUUUCUACUUAAUAUCCCCUAGUGGGAUUAACUAUUUAAUCACCUGCUCUGUCCCUGUCAUAUCUAGUUCCAAAGCAUUUCCCUCAUUCCAAAGGAAAACCAUUUACCCACGAAGCAGCUUCCCCUCUUCCCCUCCAGCUACAAUUUUUGAUCCCCACAAUGACCUGAUUCUACAACUGAGAAAAGUGAGGCUCUGAGCAAUUCAGCCAUAGUGAGAAGUUUAGAAGGUUAAGGUUACAGAGCCAGUAGACAUGGAGCACUGAUUUUGCACCUUAGUUUUCUGUCUCCAGAGUUUAAAUCGUUGAUUAAUACACAUAUUUGGGACUUCCCUCAUAGUACAAUGCCUAAGAAUUCACCUGCCAAUGCAGGGGACAUGGGUUUGAUCCCUGGUCCAGGAAGAGUCCAUACGCUGAGGAGCAACUAAAAGUCCCUACACCACAACUAUUGAGCCAUACUCUGAAGUUUACCGGUUGCAACUACUGAGCCCAUGUGCAGAAACUACUGACGCCUGUGUGCCCUAGAGCCAGUGCCCCGCAACAGCAGAAGCCAUCGCAAUGAGAACGCGACAGUAGGCUCCAUCACUGCAACUAGACAAACCCUGCGCAGAGGAACCAAGUCCCAGCACAUCCAAAAAUAAAUACAUAAGUUUUCAAAAACACAACUUGAGGCAAAACCACAAGUAGGGGGCUGGAUUUGCGUAUCAAAGAGAGAAAAUUUGGUGGAGGCGGGAUUUAUAAGCUAUAAAUGUGCCCUCGGUUGUUUAAAACUAAAAAAUAAAACCGCACGUUGAGGUAAAACUGCAAUUAGUAUGGCUCAGGUGGUUGGCAGAGUAAUAGCCCCAGAGCAGCUAUGAAGCAGAGACUUGGAAAGGUCAGCACUGCACGAAGCUUUGCCAAAGUCUCAAGAAUAAAAACUUUGUAGUUCCUUGGACAGCCCCUAGACGCACCAGGCUGGGAACUGGAAGUGAGAACUGGAAAGAGGCAGAGUGGCUGGGAGGAUGUGGCUUGCUUUCCAGUGGCCAGAUCUAACCAGGAAAUGCCAGGUGGUUGUUGGAGAGAUAUAAACCGAGGGUUCAACUGGAUACGACACAGUAGAGAGCAGGCCUCAGGCCAAUUGCUUCACACUUGGAGGGGUCCUCGAGGUUACAAGAACUCUCAGCAGUGGAGAGCCUCGCUUUAGCAUCUGUCUUCUCCUUUCUGCGGGGCCAGCACCUCUCUUCCACAAAAUAGAGGUGCUUUCUUUGGGCUUCUCUUUCUCUCUGGAGGUCAGAGACCCUAGACUAGGUCCCUCUUUUUUAGGAAUCUCAGACAGAGAGCAUCCGUCUAAGUUGUUUCUCCUGUUUCCGCUACUUUUUCGAGUUAAGAGGGCUGUGCAGGACCCUCUGGCUCUGAGGUUGGAGUCAUUUUCUUACGAGCGCCGCCCCCGCCCGCUCCCCCAGCUCCCAAUCUUCUUCAGGCUCGCGGUGGCGACCGUGUUCUAGUUCAACAGUGCACCGCACUGGGCACAACACACUACCAAAGGGCAACUCCAUGGAAACUGAAACAUCGCAACUCUGCGAAGGUAUCGCGAGAGGCGCGGUUGCGCCUGCGGCGGAGAGAGGAGGAGCGAGGGCGGGAGCCGAGAGAGAAGUGGGAGGAGCCUAAGCGCUUCCUAGGUCCCGGGCGGGAGACUGUCCCUCCCAGCGGCGCCCCCGCGUGACUGCGCUUUACAUAAUCGAGGCCGCUCGCGUCAUAAGUGGCGUACUCCAGUCCAGGCCGAAUCAGAGUCCUACGAAGCUCCGUGUUCCGCCCCUUUCCCCUUGAUAGACGUCGAAGUGAACCAGUGAACGGGCAUCUAGCGCUGCCGCGCCCGCCCUGGUCCGCUCGCACCCGAGGGCCCGCCUGCCUGCCGCAGCCCGCAGCCUGCCGCCGCCAGGUUGUGCCUCAGACUGUCAGAUAAAGCGGCGGGCCGGGCCGGCGGGGCGGUGAGCACGGCCCGGGCCGGACAUGGCGGCGCUCUACGCCUGCACCAAGUGCCACCAGCGCUUCCCCUUCGAGGCGCUGUCUCAGGGGCAGCAGCUGUGCAAGGAAUGUCGGAUUGCACACCCUGUUGUGAAGUGCACCUACUGUAGGACUGAAUACCAGCAAGAGAGUAAAACCAAUACUAUAUGCAAGAAAUGUGCUCAGAAUGUGCAGUUGUAUGGAACGCCCAAACCUUGUCAGUAUUGCAACAUAAUCGCAGCUUUUAUUGGCAACAAGUGUCAGCGUUGCACAAAUUCAGAGAAGAAGUAUGGACCACCGUAUUCUUGUGAACAGUGCAAGCAGCAGUGUGCAUUUGACAGGAAAGAUGAUAGAAAGAAGGUAGAUGGGAAAUUGCUAUGCUGGCUAUGCACGCUUUCAUACAAACGGGUCCUUCAGAAGACCAAAGAGCAGAGGAAGCACCUGAGCAGCUCUUCCCGUGCUAGCCACCAGGAGAAGGAGCAGUAUAGUCGACUGAGUGGCGGUAGCCAUUACAACAGUCAGAAAACCCUUUCUACGUCUUCAAUUCAAAAUGAAAUCCCAAAGAAAAAAUCCAAGUUUGAGUCGAUCACAACCAAUGGAGAUAGCUUUUCCCCAGAUUUGGCUCUGGACUCACCAGGCACUGACCACUUUGUCAUCAUUGCCCAACUGAAGGAGGAAGUAGCCACUCUGAAGAAGAUGCUGCAUCAGAAGGAUCAAAUGAUUUUAGAGAAAGAGAAGAAGAUCACAGAGUUGAAGGCUGAUUUUCAAUACCAAGAAUCUCAGAUGAGAGCCAAAAUGAACCAGAUGGAGAAAACCCACAAAGAAGUCACAGAACAAUUGCAGGCCAAAAACCGAGAGCUCCUGAAGCAGGCAGCUGCCUUGUCCAAGAGCAAGAAGUCGGAGAAGUCAGGAGCUAUAACCUCUCCAUGAGAGACCACGAGAAUGCUCCCGGCAACAGCAAAUGGAUUCCUUGGUUAGGGUGGCAACCUGGCUGUUCUCUGGGAAUUGCAAGCUUCCUUAAGAAAUCUCUGUAUUAUUACAGUUAUCCUUCUUUGUGUGACUGCGUUGGGCUGAAUGGAAACACCUGGUUUGUGCUGUGUUAGGACUGCAUGCUUGAAUGUUUGGGGUUUUAAGCUCCCCUCUCUUUCUCUCUCUCACUCUCUUACACCCUCACUCCCUUCUCUCUACCCGCCAGCCCUUCUCAGUACUACUGUCUCUCUUUUGCUACUUUUUUUUUUCCUUUUUGUGGUGGUCACUGCUCAGUGUUAUGUGCAGAAUGAUUUUUUUUUUUUGAUCCAUUAUUGCAUCCUGCCAUACCCAUGAGCAAGCAAUUUGGCAUUAAUUACAUAUCACUGCCACCCUCUGAACUUUGAAAACUGCCACCUUAAGACUUGGUACAAUGGAAGAGACUUUUUCUCUCCAAUAAACCUUUUGCUUCAGGGUAUACUCUUGGGUUUUUUUCCAGGUAUAUUAUGUAUGAACUUUGUACUAUGUAUAGCCAGAGUUUUAUUUAUUUUUUAAAAAAAGAAACUUUUUCUUGAUAAAGGAAUAAUGGUAGCCUAGCUUGUUCUUCUUGUAAAAGUGAUGCUUCUUUAAAAAAAAAAAAAGUACUACUCUCUUUUAGUGAAAGAAUCAGAUCUUUUCUUUCUUGUUACCUUGGAGUCUUAAAAAAUGAUUGCUAAGGUGAAACAAUUCAAUAUAUAAGUAUGGAGUUAAGUGCCUUUUGGAGGGUUUCUUGGAAGAGCAUGUAAGAAGAUACUUAAGGGAGGCAGCAAAGAUUUGGCGAAUCUGUCUUUCUGAGUAAGGGCAGAAAGAAAGGUUGUCCAGGUUGUACUGGACACUUCCCUCUCCCUCCCCUUUCUUGAUUGUUUUAUGUGACUGAUUUUAAAUUCCCACACUGCCACCUCUUUUUUAAAAAAAGAAAAUGCUCUUAUAUCAGUUGUCAUACUGGGCCAUUGUCAGAUAACUUUUUUUUAGAUGAUUUCAAAAUGGGAUAAGAUUUGGACUACAGAGCAUUUUGGAAGUUAGUAUGAGCUGCUCAACUAUGGACUCUGAGUGUGACUGGGGGAACGAUAUCCCUGUAUGUACUGUCUCCCCACUCUUCCUCACCCACUGCUGCCUGUACACUCCCUGCUUUUAAUGGAAACGUGUUGAAAACAGGUGCUUCUCAAAAGCAGCUUGGCCCCAACCUGAACUGUAUCCUGUUUUCCCUUCUUGACCCAGUAGGCACAUGGAUUUACUUUUCAUGUGAGAGGAUGAAUUUGCAUUUCUAGCCAUACUCUCAGGUCCUCUGUGAUGUUUGUAAAAGAAAUUAGAGGUGUGUGGUGUGCCAUGGAACAGUAAAACCAGCUACUUUGGAAUCCUUUAACGCAGGGGGCGAUACUGGAGUUAGAGGUAAUCAUAAGGGCAGAUGACAUUUGUACCUCAAACUACCAGAAGUGUAGCAGUAAGUUUAACUUACUAGGCAUUUCCCAGGAGCAAAUGCUUUUAAUUGGUGAACAUUCUCACGAGUGGAGCCAUGCACUUAAUUGGACAGAGAUGUGGAAAUGAGUGACUUCCUUCGGAUAAGAGGAACAAUGGACCAUGUUGCUUAUCACUCUGGUAGGGGAUGUAAUUUUCUCUUCUAAGCAAGGGAAAUGGCAGUGCUAAAUAGUUUUGUAACUUUUUGAAUGAGGAAAUUUUAGGUAAAGACAAACUGUCAGAUAAUAUUUUUCAGAUGCAUUUACAUUGACUAUGGGGAAAAGAUUGUGAAAAAAGUUGCAGUCAUGGUUUUUUUUUUUUUUUAAUUUUAAAGAUUUGAGAAAUUCUGUUACCUGAAGUGACAAUGUAAAAACAUAUUUAGUUUUAUACUAAAUCUUUUUUUACGGUCUUGGCAUUUAAUAUAAAGCAAAUCCAUACAUUUUCUAACUUUCCACGAGUUCCAAAAAGAGAAGGAAGAAACCUCAGUCUUGAAAAUUUUGGUUUUUAAAAAUCAUGAUACUGUUUUACCAUAAAAUUGAGUAGCUAACUUUUGGUAACACCUUUUGUUUAUUUGUAUGUUUGUAAUAAUGGACAUUUUAAAACACAGGAAUGUUUUGGUUUGUACAGACUUUGAAAAAUGUGUGUUAAUAAAAAUUCAUAUUGACUCAAGUAUAA